GACGCCGCACGCGAGGUUUUGGCAGCGCUAGCCCGUUGCUUCCCCGCAGAAUGCGUCAUUGCCGUAAUGUCACGAAGUGCCACUUCUAGCUAUAAACUCCGCUCUGCGUCACUCAAUUGGGAAAGAACCUUGGAAGACUGCUCUGGUAUUGCUCUGGUCCGAUGCACUGGUUCUGAAUUUGUCAGAGCACGCCCUACAGCUGGAUUUGUAUUGGUACAGUCCGAUACGAGAAGAACGCCGCUCUAGGGCUUGAUUACUACACUUCAAGAAAAGAACUUGUACAGAAGCUAUCCUCGUCGUCGAUACAUCUCCCUAGGGUUCUGUGCAAACCGUCCAACCUUGGCUGUAAAACGACACAUUCAUCAACAUGGCGGUCCCAGCCACCACGCAGGUCGCGAUUCUGCUAUCGAUCUUCGUCUUACCCAUUCUCACAUACAUCUACUUCACCAAGAGCCAGCAGGCAAAGAGCACCACUGGGCCUUUACCAGCAGCGACUGAGAUUACGGGACUCUUCAUACACCCCAUCAAGUCAUGCCACGGCAUCAGUGUAAAGUCGGCAAGGCUCUUACCAACCGGCCUUGACCUCGAUCGUCAAUGGAUGUGGGUGAGCUAUCCAAACUACGAGUUCCUGACGAUCCGCCAAAACUCCAAAAUGACACUGAUCCGGCCGACCUACGACGAGAAGACUGAUACCCUUACCGUUACUGCGCCAGCGCCAAAUUCGGUCGAUGAGAAGUUGGAGUUCUCAAUCCCGGCUCAUCCGUCUCAGAAAUGGCUCGACGAGAACACCGAGGAGCACUCAGCGAAGAUCUGGAGUACGACAACGGGAACCCGUGUAUACUCUACGAAGAUGACCGCUCCGUUCAACAGCUUCUUCGAUAAGGAAGUGCGGCUCGUGUACAAGCCCCCUGUUUCCGACGAUCCCAGACCUCUAGUAUCGAACGGUGCACCUACCGUUCUAGGAAGAGAUGCAUCGACCUGUUUCCCCGACCUAAUGCCCGUACUCGUCGGCAAUCAGUCCAGCAUCGAUGAACUCAACACGCGUCUCAAAGCCGCAGAAGACCUCACGAUCGACGUCCGCCGCUUCCGGCCCAAUAUCCUCGUUAAGGGCGAUGCUAACGCGCCCUGGGAUGAGGAUCGCUGGAAGACGAUCAAGAUUACGCCUGAUGUCGAUGAGGAACCAAUAGUUUUGGAUAUCACCCAACGAUGCGCGCGCUGUCAGGUACCUAAUGUACAUCCUGAUUCGGCGGAGAAGCACAAGACGCAGCCCUGGGAUGCGCUGAUGAAGUAUCGAAGGAUUGACGAGGGGAUUACAUACAAGCCCUGCUAUGGCAUGCUUGCUGUGCCGAAGUCGGUUGGGGAUCUUAGGGUUGGCAUGAAGUUUGAGGUUACUGAGGUUACGGAUAAGCAUCGGUACAUCGCUGGGUUUUAGGGGGUGGAGCUUGACGGUUCGUGUCGAUGAACCCUCACUGGCUGCUGCGUAUAUCGAGGAAUCUGACCGACUCCCAUCACAGCGCAAGCCAUUGCGACAAAGUUGUCGUACGACUCUCCACAAAGGUUGUACAAAUGAUCAGAUCAGCGCACAAUUUCUCUUUUGUCAGCCUCGAAAUUUGAAAGAAGCUAGCUGUAAGCUGCCAGAUUUAGCCUUUGGAAGAUCGUAGGUGCAAUCGAUUUGCAGCUCCUGAAAUCUCUUCAGAUGAUUGUUGGAGAUGUUGCCCAAGCUACAGCAAUCAUAAGCGGAUCCCCACGU